GCUGAAAAAGAAUCAGAAAAGGCCAAAGAAAUUUUGCUGUCUACAUAUGAGUUUGCAUGGAGGGGGGACUGCAGGUGGACCUUAGCGAGCUAGUUUCCAGUGUGGACGAGGACCCACUCCCAGUUGAAAUCAUUAAGAGCGAUAAACGACAACGGCGGGAACAGCCGGAGACGAUGAACGGCGAUGAGGAACCUAAGGAGGAUUUCUCCACGUUUUCCGAUCACAAUCUCGAAGACUCUAUUCAGUCGACAAUGCACACUAUCCGAAUUGUAGGGUCCAAAUUGUCGGACAAAGGCGAGAAGCUUAUAGCACGCAUCAAGUGCCUUGAGGAUGAGAAGGAGCGAAGGAGACAGAAAGUGGAUAUUGAUGGUUGGAAGAAGCCUUUAAAGUCCAUGAAUUCGAACAUUGCUGAUUCUUCUGAUGGCUCUAAAAAGGAAUAUAAACCAUCUCCAGCUUUUUCACAAUCCACACUGGGUGCUUGUUUUAUUAAGAAGAUGGAAGAAAAUCAGAAAGGUUGCAGGAUAAUCAAAUCAUUUGAUAAAAAUCCAACUUUGAAUUCUCGUGAGCACCAGAAGAAGAGAGGUAAUAUGGAAUUUUUUUGGAGUGAAGGACAGAAAGGCCAGUCAUCAUCAAAACGAAGGAACAUGCACCCCCCUCGUAAGCACUCUCUUAAUGGAUACCAACAACAUGCUUUCUCACAUAGUGAUCAAAAGGGCAGAGCUUCUUCCUUUUGUUCUCUCCACAACACUGUUGAUGACCAGCCAAGAUUUGAUGAUGAGAAGAAGAAAGCAUUUCAAGCAUUUCAAGCUACAGAGGGUUUAGGGUCUAAGACGAAGCAAACCUUUGUUGUUGUAGAUGAUGAUGAGCUGCUGCUUGGAGAGACAACACAGGAAGAAGCUAAACUUCCUGAAAUUGCAAAAGAUGCAAGGAUCUAUUAUCCAUCAAGAGAUGAUCCAGAUCCUGUUGAAAUUUGUUUUGGGGAUAUAGACAACCUCGCCCCUGAAGCCUACCUGACAUCAACAAUUAUUAAUUUUUACAUCAGAUUUUUACAGCAUCAAGCAUCUCCAACAAAUAGGGAAAUAUGUGACUGCUAUUUUUUUAACACAUUUUUUUACAAGAAGUUGACAGAGGCUGUAUCGGACAAGGGAAGCAACAAAUUUGAUUUUGGUAGGUUUAGACGGUGGUGGAGAGGUGUCAAUAUUUUCCAGAAGGCAUAUGUACUUAUUCCGAUUCAUGAAGAUCUCCAUUGGAGCUUAGUCAUUAUUUGUAUCCCCAACAAAGAAGAUGAAUCAGGACCUAUUAUGCUUCAUUUGGAUUCGCUGGGACUCCACUCUAGCAGCUUGGUAUUUUACAACAUUAGAAGCUUUUUAGAGGAGGAAUGGAACUAUUUGAAGCAAGAAGUUGCUCCUUCAGAUCUUCCAAUUGGAGACAAAGUAUGGAGCCAACUUCCAAGUAGAAUCAAUGAGAAGAAAAUUCAAGUUCCCCAACAGAAGAAUGACUCUGAUUGUGGUCUAUUUGUGCUUUACUUCAUGAAGCGCUUCAUUGAAGAGGCUCCAGAAAGAUUGAGGAAGAGAGAUUUAGUAAUGUUUGGCAAGAGCUGGUUUAUACCUGAAGAGGCCUCUGGCUUGAGAAGGAAAAUCCGGAACAUACUUAUAGAACAAUUUCAAUCUGCUGCAACAGAAUACCCGUCUUUCAGAACCUUCUAACGCUUACAAUGGUGGUCCAGCAUGACUCUGGUGCCAGACAAAGCUGAAGUCUCACCAGUGGAUUGGAUACCAUCUCGCUAUAGCUGAUAUGUUCAAUGCAAUUACCUUGCUCCUUUGCGUAAAUUUUGCCAUUGCUUUUGUACAUAUUUACAAAUGCCAUUGACACAAAAGAAAGCGGAUACAAGAUUGCACAUCAAAUGUGUAUCAACUGGCUUUUGAGAUUUAUAGAGCCUUUAGACUCGUUAGAUCAGGUGAACAGGAAGAGAGUAGAGAGGUGAUCAGAACUUGUAAACUGCCAUCCCCAUCCGAAUUGUGUUAAAGAUCCGUUUUUUGUUUUUCGUU